AUGUAUUUGACCCAGCAUCCAGACUACGAGAAAGAGUUUGGGCUGUGUCAUGCCAGCGUGAGAGCCGACACUGGUGACUGGCUUGAGGGGACCACCGGGGAGGAUCUAGCAUAUGUGACACCCAAAGAUUUUCCGGAAUGCAAGUUGAGUAGCGAGAGGAGAAUUGCAAUAGUCCACCAUCUCGUGCAUUUGCGUAUCGACCUCAUUGGCAUUAUCAUUGAAUCUCAGCCUCCAGCGUUGUUAGAACCCAUGGCAGACAGAGGACCAGCAUAUGAUUACAGCAGUAGACAGGGAAGACCUUCGAUAUAA